CCCAAGCUCUAUAUAAGGAGGCCAAAACCUCCAAGCCAAGGGAUCCUCUCUUUCCCCUCCUCACUUCUACCCUAAAGUCUCUCUCUAAACUCUCUCUCUACAUACCAUAAACUGCUUCCUAUAUCGUACUAACUUGGGCGUCGGAGCGUAGAUCCCGUGGGCCGCCCCCCGCCUCACAGAUUCUUCCACUCCCGAGGAGAUCGGACGAGGGAGUCCAGAUCAGAGCCCCAUAACCGCCUAGUACAUUCUAGGCUCAAACAAUUGGCGCCCACCGUGGGGCAAUAAUUUGGAACUCGUUUGUUUGAUUUCUGAAUGAGGGAAGACAUCGACUCUUUCCGCACCAAAGAGAGACCACCGCAGCAUCUGCCAAACCCGCCAAGAUUCGGCGGCUCAAGACAACAAAGAAAUAGUCGGGGAGAGUAAGUAAUGAUAUCCGUAGUUCUUAACUCCAGCCGCCAAUCUUCCCACCGGCAGAGCAGAUGUUGCUCCCUUUCGUAUAUUGCGCCAUUACCAACUCAGGCGGAAACGAACAAAGGAGAAAGUUAGAGAAUCGGCAAAAUUUGGCCAAGAGCUGCCAGAGCUAAGGGAAAAGCUGGAUAAAGGAGGAUCUUGAAAAGCCCAAAUCCAAAGAGAGCUACCCACAGAAAGAAAGUAUAUGCAUCGAUGUGAGGUCACACACUUUUUCUCUUUCCCUGUCGAGACCGGCAUUGGUGUAUAUGCAUCCUCAACAUCAACGACUCCACUGCAACAUCGACAACCUUUAUACCACCACCAGUAGAAACGAUUUCGAUCGCCGAUGAUGAUUCGGCACUAGAGCUCCGACGCGAAUAGGAAGAGACCUUUUUAGUCUCAUCACAAGUCACUGUCAUGUCCUCUCCCACUCCUCCCCAAAAGUCAGUGACAAUGGCUUCUCUCUGUGACAGGAGGAGCAGGCGGAUGACUUUCCCAACUCCCGAGGGAAGCGUAGUUCCCGAGGCAAGUGGAAAGCAUAGUUCAACCGAACUGGCAAAGAAGGAAGAAGAAACCAAAGGUGUUCGACUCCCGAAACUGAAGCGAAAAGCAAGGACGGCGCACCCAACCGCCAACCAGCAUCGAGAAGUGAAAUCAGUUAAUGCACCGGUGCGAGAAGUUUAAUAGUAUGAGAUGGAACCCUAAAGCAGAGGCGCGAAUUCAAAAACCUCACUUGAAAAAGAUAAAGGCUCCUCAAUCCAAGAGCAUGGCGCCCCUAUGAAGACGAAGCGGAGCAGAGUAACUGAAGCAGCGAGCCUAGGCAACCAAUGCUUUAGUGAAAGAAUGCCCAGUCAUUAAAACGCUACCAAAGCCUUCUAUCCUACUGCCCAAGUUGCCAGGCGAGGAGCGCUCAUAAGCGCGAACUGCAAGAAGCUAGAGAGCGCACAUAAGGACGCUCCUAAGCGUGAAUUGAAGAACUCCCACGAAGGCAGACGCUCAUCCACUAAUGGGGAAGCUAAAGAAGAGUAGAAGAGAUAAAGUAAAGCGCCUAAAUUUUC